AUGACAUCGGGAGCGAAAUACGCCUCAUAUCAGGCAACGUCGCCGUCACGGAGCAUCUUGGAUGGAUUCGCUACUUCCUGCGACGCGCGGCCCAUCAUCCAGGAGAACGUCUACGUCAUUCUGGGCCACGGCAGGUUCCAGAGGAUGGUGCUGUCCUGCGCGGUGCUUUGCCUGACGGUGCUUCUGCUGCACGCGUUCGCCUACCGACUCAUCGGUCGCCCCGUACAGCACUGGUGCCGCCCGCCCAAGGAACUUCUGCACAUGCCCGUCCAGGAGUGGAAGAACGUGGCAAUACCCGUCUUGGACGAUGGCAGACUCAGCGAGUGCACCGUCUACGACCCACCGAUGCCGGUUGAAAAUGGAAGCGAGCGCAGAGUACUGUCUUGCGACCAGUGGGAAUACGCCGGCGAGCGACAGAGAGACAGCAUCGUCAGCACCUGGGACCUGGUGUGCGGCCGCCAAUGGCUGUACGCGCUCUCUUCGUCCACGUACAUGAUGGGAGCCAUGGUGUUCGUCCCACUGGCCGGCAUCAUGUCCGACCGCCAGGGGCGCAGGCCCGCCAUCCUCGCCUGCUCCAUCACCAUGCUGCUCGCUAGCCUCGCCGUCGCGGCGUCGCAGGUAUUCCCCAUAUUCCUGGUGACACGCUCUCUCGUUGCCGCCACGUCCAGUGCCACCAACCUGCUGGUCUUCAUCGUGCUCUACGAGGUGACGGACAACGAACACCGCGCCCUCUACAGCCUACUGGCUACGAGCGUCGGUAUGGUGGUGGCGACGCCGCUGAUUUCCAUUGUGUCGAUGGCCAAUCCGCGUUGGUCACUAUCGCACGCGUUCCUCGUGACUGCCACGGCGAUGGCGGCUGCCUGGUGCUACAUAAUUGACGAGUCUCCGGUCUGGCUCGUCGACACACACAGAGUUCGGCUAGCCGAGCGUGUCAUACUGUACGUGGCCUCGCACAAUGGCAUCGACCCGGCCAAGGCGAAGACCACGUUCAAGGCGCUCAGGCAGCAGCUGGAGAAGCGAGAGACGACGACCCCGACGAUCACCUCCGGCUCGCGCAGCGUGUCCAUGCUUAGCCCGCGCGCAGCGUCAGUGCUCGUUUCCUGGUUCGGUGCGAGUUUCACUUUCUACGGAACAGGCCUCCGCGAGACAGCGCUCGAUGGCCUUUGGGCCGUGGCGGCAGUCACGCUGCAGGUGAUGCUGCUCGUCGCCGCCUACAACGGCAUUACCAAGUGGGGUCAGCGAGUCACGUUGUCCAUGGUGCUGGCGCUGCUCUGCGUGUCCAACGCUUGUCGCACCGCAGUCCAUCAUUUAAACUUGGCCUUCCCUUGGACCAUACUUGCGAGGCUCGUGGUUGACAGCAGCGCUGCGGUUGCCAUGGUCGUCAACUACAGCUACACGGCUGAAGUGUUCCCCACCUCUAUACGAAGCAUGGGACUGUGCGUGUCGUACUCGGUCGGGCGUGCUGGCGCGCUGCUGGCCACGUUUCUGAACUGGAUGCUUUCCGACGCAGUCCUGGUGUUCGACUCUGUCAUGACACUGCUCGUGUUCGCUGGCGGGAUAGUCACUCUGUGGCUGCCCGAAAUAUUUGUGCAGAAGAAGCAGGUGCCGUCGCAGGAGCCGGCUGCAAUGACCCAAGAGCAGCGGAAGGAGGCGUUGAAGGCAUCCUUGGGCCAAGGCACAGAUGUAGGGGUCGUCAGAAAGGCGAAACAUCGCAAAUCGUAUUGCAAACCAGAUCAUGGCGUGGUGUCUCCGCUGCCGAUGGCAGACUGGAGGCUCUGUGCCCUGUCAUUCUCUUCGCCCGACACUGCAGAACAGUCGAAGCACGACAAGGGUGUCAUAAGCAGUAGAGCCGUUUCGCCACCAUCACCAGGCCCCACUUCCCGCUAA